AUGUCAGACACGCCAGUAGGAUACUCCGACAACCAAUCAGGUACAACAUUGGCCAACCUUCUAACAAAUCAGGUUUCCUCCGACCAACUCAUCAGUUCACAGGAUAUGGAAACCGUGCAUGAAAUCAUCAUUGAAGGUCGUGAGGAGGAUGACCGAAUGAGUGAGUACAGCUACGAAUCUGACCUAUUGGAUGGACAAAAUGGCGCAGAGACAUUCAGCCUAUGGAACCUUCUUCGCAAAGGUGCGAUCAACUUUGUGUUGCCGUUCAUUAACGGCAUCAUGCUCGGUUUUGGCGAGAUUUUGGCUCAUGAGAUCGGAUUCAAGUAUGGGUUCAUAGGCGCUAGAGUGUAUCCACAAAGAAGACUAGAGAACAAGCAGUCACAGGAGCGGUCGAAGUUCCUCUAG